GUUAGGUGACUGAAAGUCUUUUGUGGAGUUGUCGAUUUUUCCCUCAGAUCUACUGCACUUGGACGCACCAUAAUCACCGCCCUAACCUCCUCAUUUAGGCAACCAGGAUGAGUCAGAAGCUGAUGAUUAUCGACACUGACUGCGGCAUAGACGAUGCCCAGGCUAUAAUGCUGGCACUCUCCUCAUCCAACGUAAAGAUCCUGGGCAUCACCUGCUGCUUUGGAAACACUGAUGUGGACAAUGUGUGUCAGAAUGUGCUUCGUGUUCUGCAUGUGUGUCAGCGCACUCAGAUUCCUGUUUUUCGAGGUGCGGCCACCUGUUUGGUUGGAGGAGCGAAACCAUUCAAAGAUCAUUUUGGGACUGAUGGGUUGGGAGACGUUCUACAAGACAGAGACUUAGACACUUGGAAAACACAAAUACAAAAAGAACAUGCAGUUAAUUCUUUGAUCAGACUGGUAAAUGAGCAUCCAGGACAGGUCUCUCUGGUCGCUCUGGGUCCGCUCACAAAUUUAGCUCUGGCUGUAAGAGUCGAUCCCAGCAUUCCCCAGAAGCUGAAGGAUUUGUACAUCAUGGGAGGCAAUAUGGAAGGGAAGGGAAAUAUGAUGCCUUGUGCAGAGUUUAAUUUCUUUAUGGAUCCUGAGUCUGCCUAUAUAGUCUUAGAGGAAUAUCUCUGUCCCGUGCACAUAGCCACUUGGGAGUUUACCUGCAGAAACAAGCUCUCUUGGGAGUUCUUUGAUGAGCUGAUCUCCCAGGACACCGAAGCAGCUCGUUUUAUGAAAAUGAUCACUUCUAAAUGCUGGGCUUUCUCCCGAGAACCAGGAUGUGAUGCAAAAUAUAUACUGUUCGGGUCAGGGUUCGUGCCCUAUGAUGCCUACGCCGUGGCAGCAUGCAUGGAUGCCAGUGUGAUCACAGAAAGAGUAGAAUGUGGUGUUCGCGUAGAGAUCCAUGGAGAGCUCGGCCGAGGCAUGAUGGCACUGGAUUUCACAGGCAAGAUAAAACGGCGUCAGGUGUUUGUGAUGAAGACCUGCAACCUUACCAAGUUCAGCUCUAUGCUCAUGGCAUCCUUACAGCAACCGUGAGGAGAUACUGCAGUUGUUGAAACAGUUCAGUUCCAGAGUUCUGAUCACCCAUUCUGGACUUUUUUUUUUUUCUUUUUAAAGGGGUCUAGAUUGGCCUCUCUUCCUUCACCUUCUGAAUGGUUUUAAGCAUUUCUAAACUAGAAGACUGUAGUACUCAAUUUGAUAGAUUCCUUCUUGUGGAUAUAUCAUGGACUUAAGUUAUAAUGUGUUAAUCAGACAUCACAUAACG